UAAGUGCGUAUCUCCUCUUGCCAAACAAGCUAUCAUAUGGUAGGAUAUAAAAUGAAUAAUACUCUUUGUUCUACAUGUGGUUGUGAACAUGAACAAAAGUGGUUUUUGUUACAUUCUGUACCUAACGUGAGUUAACACCGUGUUAUAGAAUGAUGUGAUAAGUGAACCAGAUUUGACUUUUAUUAAUUCAAUUAUGCAAUUAUUUAGUUAAUUGUUCUGAAACUACUUUAUUAUCCGCAUUUAAAAAAUCAUGAGUGAACAAAUAUCAGAUGAGGCAUCUUGGUUUGAAAGAACAGCUAAGCUCAUCCGCGAAAAAUUUAAAUCGAAGAACAAAGACUUUGAGGAUGAUCUAGAAACCGAACAAGAAUAUAAGGAACGAUGGAGAUCAAUUUACAUCAUUUAUUUCACAAUGUUUUUAAUUUCUCUGGGGUUUAGUAUUAUAGUCACUGGAGUAUGGCCUUAUUUGGACAAACUAGACCCAACUGCCGGAAAAGAAUUUAUGGGUUACAUCGUUGCAGCGAACCCUUUUGGCCAAAUGCUCUUCUCUCCACUGGUCGGUUGGUGGAGCAAUAGAUUGGGUUCAAUUCGUUUACCAUUACUUUGUUCAUUGGCACUUUUUACGACAUCCAGUGCAAUUUACUCAUCGCUGGAAUUGUUUAACGACUAUAGGAAGCACUGGAUGUUGUGGACCAGGUUUUUGGUGGGAGUUAGUUCAGCUAAUAUAGCGGCUUGUCGCUCGUACCUUUCCGCAGCUACAAGAGUCUCCGAACGAACCACAGCCGUUUCAAUGAUAUCCUUAGCCCAAGUAUUGGGUUUCAUUGUAGGUCCAGCAAUCCAAGCUGCCGUUGUCCCAUUAGGAGACGAUGGAUUUUGGAUAAUUCCAAACCGACUUAGACUGAACAUGUACACAGCUUCCGGCUGGAUAAAUGUAAUUUUUUCCCUAUUCAACAUGUACCUUUUCCUUCCACACGUAUUCAAAGAACACAAAAUCGCCGGCAGAGAAGCGAUGCUAAAACAAGGCAAAGACAACGAACGAGAUACGUGGAAACAACACCGCCCGAAUUAUUUUGCCACUUGGACUUUAAUUGUUGCGUUUUUUGUCAUCGUUUUCAACUUUAUGCUACUUGAAACACUGGGAACACCAGUGACCAUGGACCAAUUUGCUUGGUCCAAAGCAGCAUCGCUUAAAUACAUGGGGAUUUUAAUGUCAGUGGGCGCUAUUUUGGCAAUAGUUACGUUUGCCUCAAUUUCACCUCUGUGUAAGAGAUUUUCCGAAGUGAAAGUGAUGAUUUGGGGUGGGUUUUUGUUUAUGGUUUUGGGCAGAGCGAUUUAUAUUCCCUUUAAUAAUGACCCACCUCAAAUGUACGAUUCUGAUUUGAAGCUGAAUCUGACCCUCGUCUGUGAUAAAUUGCUCUUUAAUCGAACUGUGUCGAAUUAUGAAACUAUGUGGUCAAUAAAUUCAACGGAUGAAACAACUGUUCGAAAUUUGACUCUGAAUUGUGGUGAAGAUUUAGUUGGAUGUCCUUCGAGUCAGGAAUGGUGCACUUAUACGCCUGCAAUGACCCUCACUCAGUUUAUUAUUGGGUAUUUCCUGACGGCUUUUGGUUAUCCGAUUGGGGUUACGCUGAUUCAAACGAUCUUCUCGAAGUUGCUAGGACCACGACCUCAGGGAGUUUGGAUGGGUUUAAUGACUGGUUCUGGUUGUUUGUCACGUGUCAUGGGUCCAGUAUUUGUGACAUACAUCUAUGAGGAAUUUGGUACAAUUUGGACGUUUGGCCUAACUACAGUCAUGAUGGUUAUUUGUCUAUUUUGGCUUCUUUAUUUUAACAAGACUUUAAUUCCUGUUGAGAUUCAGACUGUACCUGAAGGUGAAGAAUUGAAGGACAUUAAUGAUUUGGUUACCAUUCCUUUAAAUGAUAAAAUUCAAGACGAUUGAGUUUUUGAAUUUCUGGGAGAGGUAAAAUGUUGUUACUUACGUACUAGAUUGACUCAGCCAAACAUUGAGGGUUUUUACUGAUGGAUCUCAAGACUGUAUCACAUACCAGAUAUUUAAAUAUUGUAAAACUAUAAGUGAUAUUUUUACUAGUUAACGUACUUAAGAGUAUAUGUUAUUUUUAUAUUUUGUGAGAUGAAAUAAAAUGCCAAUCAAAUACUUUAAAAUAAAUAUUAUUACGCCUAAAA